UAAAAUGCUUGGUUGAUUGGUCUGUCAUUCAUGUGUCAAAUGUACAGUGAAAAUAUGUGUAAGUAUGUGUGUGUGUGUGUGCAUGUGUGUGUAUGUGUUUCCAUGCCCCAUGAGAGCAGGUGAACCUGUAAUCCAACACGCACCUGUUCUCUCACUAUACUGACUGUGUAAAGUCACACAGGCUAUCUCACCACUCUUUCUCUUCACCCUGAUCAACUAUCAAUCAAUUACACAUCUACUCCUUUCCUAAUCCGCAUUUGCUUUUUUCACAGCUCACUUUAUUUUUCAGUCAAUCAUGUUUGUCAUCUUUACCUGCUGGGGUGUUGGCUCCUUUGAAUGGUUGCACAAAAACACACCUCGUUUUAUAUUCUUGCCUCCCUCCCUGUCUGCUCCUACUGUGUUUCUGCUUCAACAAUACGAAACUCUGGACCUGUAUUUUCUCAGCUGAUCACAAGGACUUUGGAUUAUUGGAGUAUCUGAAAAAGCCAGUUGCAGAAAGAGGCAGAGAGCCAAAAGAUCAGCCAGUGAAACCUGCAGAACACAACACAACAUUCUGUAGAAGAAAAAGAAGCAAAGAAGCAUACUCGGGCUGAAAAAAAUUUCCUGGAAAAAAAAACAGAAGAAAGCUUGUCCUGGGAAAAAAAACAGAAGAAAACAAAGUGUCCUUACAAAUGAACAGCUAACUUCCAACAUGAGCAAAUAUAAACAAUUCUGAGUACUAAGGACACAAAGGGAGCUGACUUUUUUGGUCUGUAUUUGUUAUAUAUGGUUUGUACUUUGCUGGACAUUUUAUUACUUUUACCCGAACAUUACGGCACUGCUGAAAAGCCACACCUGCACCCUGACAAAAAAUCUUUUUUUUGUUUAUGGAUUACUUAAAAAGAAUGCCAUGUCGACACUUGGACACCUUUGAUCACACUGUGCAGGUUGAAUUACAUAGCUGACAACCUACCCACAUUCGGUAUGGACAUGCAAAGCCAUUUAUGUGACAAAAAUAUGAACAUGAAUUGAAGUACUAAAAAGACAAUCACACUGUAAUGCACGCACAGUUCCUCAGUUCCUCAAUCCCUGUUGUAGAAAAUGGAUAUCUCUGUUAGAUCUACUCGUGUGCCUGAAUACUCUGCCUAUCGAUCAGAAUCAGUCCCAAGAGUUGGAAGUAGAGAAUCUUCAAAAUGUUCUGAAGAACAAAACCAAAGUCAGCCAGGCACAGCCCCAACACAGCCUCCUGUUAGGUUCAAAAUCCGCUCUGCUAAAGAAAGACAGCAGUCGCUCACCCAAGUCAGUAGUUUUAAGUGCGGGACAUUUGAAAAUGCAAGCAGAAGCAUCAAAGAUUGUACAGAAGAGAUGCCCAGAGUCCACACCAUUUCACCUACAUCUCCAGAUACUGAUAUGAUUGACAAAAUAAGACCUAGAGCUCUGAAACAGCUCAGCUUGACAAAGAAACCAGAACUGUCCAUUGGCUCUGAGACAAGCAGUGCCACUCAAAAGAAGCCAGAUUGUGUUGAGAGUCCCACCACUAAAGUGAGGGGAAGAACAGAGUGGAGACAAGAAUAUCUGUCAAACAGAAGUAAGAGCUUAGACUGGGGAGGAUCAAAAAGUGAAGGAGGACAAAAGAAUCAAACGGAUGUUAUCAGAAAUACUAAGGAUCUUGAAGGGAGAGCCAUACGACGUUCUGAGAGUUUAGAGAGAAAUGAUGCAUUCAAUAGACCAAACUCAAGUGAACUGGCCCGCCCAUUAAAGAAAAUAUCAUUACAAAUUCAACCAUUCAAAGGAACUGGUCAAAGAAAGCAGGACAGCAAUGGACUUAUCUCCUCAGCAGUACCUGGAACAUCACCUGUGAGAACGGUGGCUCUUGCCCAGUCUUUCCCAUCCAGAGUAAACACAAAUCAAAUCCAGGACAGGACAGAGGAAAGAAAAAGUCCCUGGCAUUCUGGACAUAGUGGUACCAAGCCAGAUCAGGCAGAGCACUAUCUCAGAUCUCAAGUCACUGCAUCAAAGGUCAAUGAGAUCACUGGGAACCACACAAGUCGUAAUGUAUUAGAAGAUAAUAGUGAAGUAAGUUCAGGCGUCUCACUUGGAAUCAUAACCCCUGCCCCUUUUUUUGGUGUCAAUGCUACUGAUUCAAAUUUAAAUAGCAGUAAGCCCACUAACAGUUCAUUGGAUGGAUGCUCAUCCUUUUCUUCUUUCAGUAAAGUGAAGACAGCGUCAUAUAAACCAGAAAAGUGUGGUACCUUCCCAAAAACACCCUUCAAAAAGGAGCAAAUGAAUUUUACUCCCUUGCCAGACACUUCAUUUGUUUUCCCCAAUGGAAAAGAUAACUUGGUUACAAUGUCAACAUGGUCUAAAGAGAAACCCCAAGAUUCAGUAUCUUUGGUGACCAACAAUAGUAUAUAUGAUGAGAGAAGACAGACUUGGCACUCUAUAGGACUAGGAACUCAUUCUUUAGGCAGAACAAGAUACAGACAUUUUACAGCUCCGAUUUCAUAUUCAGCCUAUGGUCUGAGCAAUAGCAAUAGUAACCAAAUAAGCACCAAGAAAGAAAUAGAGAGGCAAGUAGAAAAAACAACUAGUAAUUCAAAACACACAAAAGACAUAGAGACAAUUCCAGGAAAACAACCACAUAGCUCACAGGAAGGAAUAAUUCCUCAGACCAAACCUCAAUCAUCCCAAAGUAUGACAACAGACAGUAAAAAACAUUAUCAUCAAAAACAUGGGGUUGGUUUGGAGUUUGGCUCCACAGGAAAUCCAAGCAAGAAGAGUGAGACCUUGUUAGAGAAAGUCCAAGAACCACCCUUGGAUUGGGUGCGAAACACAAUUCACAAAUUUGAGGCUCUUGCUCUGCAAAGCCAGAGUUUAUCACAGAUUCAGCAUCCCAGAAGGGCUUUGUCAGUUACAGAAAAGCCAAAAGUGGUGGCCAGUGUGAAUAAGACAUAUUCAGAUAGGUCAUUAGGUAUGAGGUGGGGUGACUGGAAUAGAGAGUGCUUGAGAGAGAAUCUUUUUAGUAAGAGUGAUGUCAGCAACGAGGUAGUGAGUAUGCAUGAUCUAAGUGGACCUGUACAGAUCACAACACAAGAUAAAGAAGGAUCAACAGUGAAAACCCAAAGCAGAGGAACUAAAAGUCAGGAGCCUGGAGUUGUGCAGACUUUGAAACUACUGGAUGAAUUUCCAUCUGACCAGAAGUAUGAGGUUACUAAGAAUAAGCACGUGGAUGAGCCAGAUUUCUCUAACGGCAGUAAUCUUAAAUCUUAUCAAAAGCUUAAAAACAUUGAAUUAACUAAAGAAAAAGUUAAGAAUUAUCUCAGUUCUACAAUGUCACACAACUCCAAAAAGUCCAGUGGGAUCACUAAUGUAUCCCACUCUGAUCUUAAGGACUUCUCUCCUAAGCCAGAGAACAAAUGUUCAAAGUCUACAAAAGAUAAAGCAUUUCUAACAUCAGAAAGCUCCCCCAUGUUACCAAAUUCAGAUUCAUCCAUCACAGUAAAGUCAACACAGUUAACAGGCAACAGUGCUCCUUCUAAAUCACCAUCCAAUCUCCUUAGUGACUCAGUAGUAAUUCCUCCUAUCCAAGACUUCUCUUCAGCUACAGGUGAUCUCAGUAAUCCCUACAACACAAUAAAAGAUGAAAAAGUAGCUGCAAAAGUUAUUAGUUGGAUUAUGGAUAAAGCUGUUGAUGAUGAGAAUGGUGAAGAUGAUGACGAUGAUGAAGACAGCGAGGGAACAGAGAGAGAAUAUGACUCUGACUCAGGAGAAUCAUCAGUAACCAUCACAAGCAACAUGAGCAGUAGGAGUUUUUCUAUGAGCCUUGUAGAGCUACGCAGUCUGGGUGGGCUGGACCUUCCACCCUCAGAUGGCAGUGGGUCAAAGGAUGACGAGAACUGGAUGUCCAAGCGUACAGUGUCCAUGAGCUCAGACGUUUCUGCCCUGUCCUCUGUGACACUGCUGGACAUGGACGAGCUGGACUGCUUACUGAAUGAUGUCAGGGGUUUGGAAGAUGAUGCCAUAGAGAACUGUGAGGAUGUGCAUGUGGUUGUCCUACAUAAGGAGGCAGGAAGUGGACUUGGUUUCACUGUGGCUGGAGGAGUGGAUCAGAAUAAACCUGUGACUGUUCACAAGGUGCUACGCAAUGGCAUAGCAGCCCAGGAGGGCUCCAUCCAUGUAGGUGACCAGGUGCUGUCUAUUAAUGGCACUUCUCUACAUAACUCCACCCACAAGGAGGCGCUCUAUACUAUGAGAAAAGCAAGAGGGCGGCCCAUGGCAGUGGUGGUCAUCAGACGAGGUGAUGUCACUGAAACAAGCUACAGUAUCAAAGACAGUCCACAGAAAGCAGCUGUGAACCCAGGCAGCAGAGUGCGAGUGACUUUGAAUAAGUCCAGCUCUGACCUGGGCUUCAGUCUGGAGGGAGGAGUGGGCUCCAGCUUAGGAGACAAACCCCUCACUGUACAGAGGCUCUUCCAGGGUGGACCAGUUGGGAAGGUUUUCCCGGGAGAUGAACUGCUGGAGGUUGAAGGUCAGAGGUUGGAGGGUUUGAGACGGCUUGAAGUCUGGCACCUGAUCAAGAGAUUGCCCUCUGGCCCUGUGGAGGUCUUACUGCAACGUCCUCACCAGCGAUACUGACAGCAUCUCCUUUGUAGCCACUUCAAAUAUGGACUUAAGGGCUGUAUUCAGAUUUGAUUGUUUGGCUGUUCCGCGGCAGCUCAGGUGAAGACGAGCGAUCAGAUGAAGGGGCAAUAUCUGUCAGCCAACCUUAGCUUUGCUGUGGGGGUCAUGUCUGCCAUGUACCUUUGCAUGGGAGUGUCAG